UUACACUGAGCAUCUUAACACAUCAGGAUGAGGCCAGCGUGUUUCGCACUCCUCCUAUCUGUGCUGCUUUUUGUCAGCACGUGUUUUCCACAUCAAGGUUGCAGGUGAUAAAGCAGCAGGAUAUUCAACAGGGUUUAUUUCCAGGGUAUUGUGUUUCUACCUGCACUGUGUUAGAUAACCCAGAAAGCACACAGAGGUAUAUCAGUAACAAGUGCUUAAACAAUCAGACCAAGCACAGAAUGGAUUAGCAGGGAUUGUUAACCGCUCCGUUUAGUAAUUCAGCUGCAGUAUCGGGAUGUCAGGAUGAGCCAUUCUCUUGGGGCGCUCCCAGGGGGGUAGGGUUACUGUUUACUUGGUUGUUUUAUUAUGUCUCGGGGUACGGAUGUAUAUUUAUUGAGGUAUCGCGACAGUUAGUUAUUGAGCAUUGUAAUGAACGUGCCCAUUAAAGUCGCUUGGCUUGGGAUGUGUCUACAUGUGCUGUGUCUUAUCUACCCAGUAUUGAGUGCUGAGUAAACCAUGUGGAACGCAGGGAUGGAACACAAUGGCCUCUAGUGGGCGCUCUUGAGGCCCGUUGGUGCAUUGCACGUGAUUGAUUGAUUGAACCAUGAGCAACUUAAAAGCUGUGUGCUUUGAUGCCUGAGCUCAUUCGUUCUGAAUCCUAUCACUCAAUGAUGAGCACUUCCACUUAAACCACCAUGCGAUAGGGGCUUCAGUGCUUUUUUGUUCUAGUUGCACGCAGAGUGUUUUUCACAGAAUGUCUGAGCAGCACUUGUCUGAGUGAGCAGCAUCCUGAUUGUACUGAUCAGUCACUCCAAUCAAUCAAUCAUUCAAUCAAUCAAUCAUUCAUUCAAUCAAUCAAUCAUUCAGUCAAUCAUUCAGUAUUGCGAGACAGAUGCAUGACAAAUACAAACCUGUGACUAUACCUCCAGAGACACUCGGACACACAGGCUCCUUGCUGUGAGAGCUUGGCACAGGGAUUUUCCAUUAUUACAAUCAGUAAGGAAACGCUACGCUCUCAGUUGCUUUAUCAGCACAGCUGGUCCCGCAGUUUAUCAUUGAUAAUCAGUGUAACGGUUGAAAAGAGAAGUGUACAGUAGACGAACGACCCUCCAUUCAAAAAUACUAUUUUCAAAUCUUUAAACAAGCGAAGGAAAUCUUUUACUACUACAUAUCAUUGUUGCUUGAAAUCCAAUUGCAGCGUCUAAAUGAAUGUUUCAUUAGAAAGUCCCCACAGCUAGCCCAAGAAACCUGCCGUGGAGUGAGAGUAGAAGGGAAGCUUUUUAAAAAGACGCUUUUCUGAACAAUAAAAGUCAUUCAGUAAAACUCUGGGGAAUGUUUUCAGCAGUUACUUUGUUUGAGAAGGGCAAAUUUGUAAUGUAUUUACCUAAAAGGAUAAACGAACACAGACAUGCACGUACACACACACACACACACACACACACACACACACACACAGUCUCCUAACUGUAUCUUCUUGUUAAUCCUGACACAUGUUCAGUGCUGUCAGAGCUGUGCAUGAAAAGCCAUGUCGAGUAAUGAUUUCAAAGGAGAAAGUCAGAGGGGGCCAUUCAGCAUUGCUUAGAUAGCAAAUCUAGAGUAAUUGCAACAAGUCUGUAAACAGAAAGAGAGACAUUGGUGAAACUCGCUAAUCACGCAUGCAAUUAUACAGGGAACACUUAGUAUAAUUUUGGACAUCAUUUUUGUUGUAAAUAUGAGGCUUGGUAAUUGCGCUGGGUGUUCUGAGCGUUGGGCGGGGAGACAGGAGUGAUGGUUUUGGGGCUGAUGAGUUGGGUGGGUUAGGCAUCUGAGGGUCACACCAACAUCAUCAAUCACGCGGCCUCUGACAGCCGUUCACACCCUGCCCUGCUGUGGGCACGCUCGGUUUGUUGUUUUGUAAUUAGCCCCGUUAAAUCACAGGAAACGUCACUCAGCCUUUUGCACAGCUGGCCAGUGCUGUCAGUGAGCCAAUCGCAGAGCAGCGCUGCGGUUAGAUUGACUGCAGCAACAACAAAGAGCAUCUGGUGAACCGCACUGCGCACAGGCUGCAGCAUUGGAAAGGGCGAGGGAGCUGGGGGGGCUUUUCAUCAGCUUAAAGAUUCCUUUCUGUGCCAGUACAGGUGCACAGGAGAAUCCAGUUACUGAGGCUUCCAGGGGAAAGGUUUCAAACGGAACGUAUUGGAGGGGCCGCGCAGAGUGUUGCAAAGUUGGGUCUGUCUGGGUUGUGGAGGAAGCGCAAAAGGAAGUGGUCAUGCUUUAUGGUGUUGAUUGGUGGGAAACGUACAUGUGCUGAUCUGGUUGCAGUUAGGAGUCUGAAAUCACUUUUUUUUCCUUUUCUUUCCCCUUUUUAAAAAGACAGCGUUGCACUGGGCAGCCAAGCAUGGUAAAGAAGACAUGGCGACCAUGCUGGUGGAUGCAGGGCUGGAUGUCAAUACCAGGGCAGGUUACACCCCGCUGCACAUUGCAGCUCUGCACGACCACAGGCACAUCAUCGAUCUUCUAAUCAACUACGGUGCAAAUCAGAAUGUGAGGGAUUACAGUGGCCACUUAGCUCUGCAGUAUCUCAAAAUGCAGCAUUCCAGUGAUGGCAGGAGUGAUCCACAAUUCCCGGUUUGUCACGGGAACGAGCGCAGGAACAGGAAGCUGGCGACGCUUUUCUCUGGGAGCUCGAAGAAGAGGUGGGGCUCGGCAGAGGACCUUGCGAGCGGGGAGGAGAAGGGGGGCGGGUCCCAGCUGCUCAUGCCACCAGCGUUCAGGCCCAGGAAGUUCUCCCGGUAACAGCUGGAGGCAGAGCCAGCUCCUCCCGAUCCUCCCCAAGUCCCUGCAGCUGCACAAGACCAAGGGUGCCAUGGAAGGAAUGGCUACUCCAGCCUUGAAACCGCUGCUUUUAAAAUGAAAAGCUGGGAUCUGUUCUGCAAAAAUAUAGCACAGCGUUUUCCAUAAGGGAUUCAAGUAUCUGACGCUACAGUCCUUUUAAAUAUGCAAUUCUUCCUGUAUUUGGAUAAGGGGCUGAGAACGUGUCGCUUCUAUUUCUUUUUUUGCUUUUAUUUUGCUGUCUCCAAAACCAAGUUGCUGUGCAUAUUGUCUCAGAUGUUUCAUAUCAAUGCUACCACAGUUCUAGAGGAAUCACACACAGCAGUGUGUAUUUUCUGCACUAAAAACUAGGUAAAUAGAUGAAGUACGGCAAUAGGGGUCCUGCAUUUUUGUGUAGCUGUAUGUAUAGAUUUGUAUUUUUUACAGUGUUGUAUGAAUUGGCUGAUGCUCUUUGAAACGCUGGAGCGAAUGCAGGGCGACCGACUCCCUCCCUUCAGACUGCAAGAGAGCGUUUGGGUUGAGUGCCGAUGUCGCUUCUGCAGAGUACCUCCAGGAGCCUCCUCGAAGGGUAUGACAUUCAUGAAGGGUUUAAAGGCAAGCCCGUGGUGUUUGAGGCUGCAGUGAGGUGUUAAACCCGCCCGCCUGAAAGAAUUCCAGAAUGGAAUCCGGACUCUUAACGUUCCACGAGAGUGUUUUGAUGUUCUAACUGCAUUGUGUCAUGUAAACAGCACUGCAGAAGUGUUGAGCUGGGACAGCAAGUCUUACAAUGUUACAAAAGAAUUGUUUGUCAUUUGAUUGUGCUGUGUGUGUGUUUUUUUUGUUCUUUGUUGUACAGAAGUUUGCAGGAAGUAACAAAUAUCAAGCUUAGAGAUCACAUGUUCUUAAUUCAUGGUCUUAAUUAUAUAUAUAUAUAUAUAUAUAUAUAUAUAUAUAUAUAUAUAUAUAUAUAUACCGUAUAUGCAAAAAUAUAUAUUUGCUGUUUACUCUAUUUUUGCAAUUGGUAAAAAAAUAAAUGA